AUGGCGGUGAGCAGCAUCCGGAGCCGCACGUCCAGGAACGCGCGGAUGAGAUCCCUGCUGCAUGAAGCUAAAGAGGUGCGAGCAGCUGGACUGCGAGUUCUACGGCACCUAAUCACUGACAGCAGCACAUUAGAGAAGGUGCUGCGUCUGCAGGUGGAUUAUCUCAUUGCAAGGUGUAUUGACAUUCAGCAAAACAAUGAAGGAGAAAGGACACAGGCUCUCAGACUCGUUCGAAAGAUGAUCAGUGUCAAUGCACUGCUGUUUCCGUCUUCAGUUACUAACUCUUUAAUCGCAGUGGGUAACGGCGGGCAGCAUGAGCGUGACCGUCUGUCCCGGGCCUGUGUGGCAAUCAUUUGUGAACUGGCUCUGAAGAACCCUGUUGUGGUGGCGCAGGCGGGAGGCCUCAGUACCAUCCUGAAGAGCGUGACUGACUGUCAGCUGAGUCGCAUCAAUGAGGCUCUGAUCACCACCAUCCUCCACCUCCUCAACCACCCACACACACGCCAGUUUGUACGCUCCGACGUGGAGUUUGAGCAAAUACUGGCCCCAUACACAGAUUUCCACUACAGGCACAACCCAGACACGGAGGAGGGCCAGUCAAAUGUGAAUUUUAUGGAAGCUCUCAGCAGUGUAGACCCAAGCAAAUUCCAAGACACCUGGGGAUUGGCUGAUGGGUUUGUGGCUUCUGAAGCAACAGCACUUCUUCCACACAGAUCAUGCUCGAGGCCAGAUCUUAUGCACAACUACCUGGCAUUUGUACUUUCAACUUUCAUCAAGAGUGGUUUGUUAGAGGGUUUGGUGGAAGUGAUUGCAAGCAGUGAUGACAUUAUAUCUAUACGGGCUACCAUUUUAUUAAAGGAACUGCUCAAUAUGGCAAAUUGCAUACUCCCACACAGCCAAAGCCUCCAUCUGCACUGCUUACCUACUCUUGUCAACGUUGCUUCCUCUUUUGACAUCCCCCAUGACAAGCGCCUACGAGCGAGUGCUGCUGUAAAUAAUAUGAAAUGGUUCCACGAAAAAAAGAAAGUUCAACCAAAACCCUCAAGUCUGUAUUUGGACCAUAUUCUGCGGACGUCAGGGGCAUCACACUACACUCGUGAGCAGCACGGCAGACUUCAGAAAGAAAUCUUUAUCAUCAAGGACACUGAGGACGCUUUGAUGAUGACGCUAAAAGAAAGCCAUAUCCUCAGCCAUAAGGAAAGCCUUGACUGGGACUGGAGUCUGAUUGGAACCAUUUUAAAGUGGCCAAAUGUCAGUCUUCGAAGCAACAAAGGUGAACAAAUGCACAUAUUUGUGCGUCGACUGUUGUUUUUCUACAAACCAAGUAGCAAUAUUUUCUGCAACCUUGAGCUGGACAACCCGAAGGCAAGACAAAUCACGGUAGUUGGCUGCCAGUUUAUCGAGUUUCUCAUGUAUUCUGAAGAGGAGGGCCAGAUCUUUCUAGAAGAAUUGGUGAGAGACAUUGUCCAUUGGUUGGUCUCCUUCCUGGGCCUUAGAUCGGACCAGUGCAUGCAGAGCAAUAGUCUUCUCACUACACUCAGUCAGUACUACCUCCUCUUCCUCGGCACACUCUCAGCAUAUCCACCUGGGGUCAAAAUGCUUGAAAAGUGCAGUGUCUUCCAAUGUUUUCUCAAUCUAAGUACUGUGAAGAACCAAGAGUACCUCCUGAAGCUAACAGUCACUUCCCUGAACUACAGUCGGGAUGGACUUGCUCGUGUUAUUCUGUCCAAAAUCCUCACAGCUUCAGCAGAUUCUUGUAGGUUGUACGCCACUAAACAUCUGCGAGUGCUGCUCAGAGCUAAUGUGGAAUUCUUCAGUAGCUGGGGCAUUGAGCUGCUGGUCACUCAGCUGCAUGACCGCUGCAAGGCUGUGUCAGUGGAGGCGUUAGACAUUCUGGAUGAGGCCUGUGGAGAUAAGGCUAACCUCCAUGCACUGAUUGAGAUGAAACCUGCUCUUAAUCAUCUUGGUGACAAAGGUUUGCUCCUGUUGCUGCGAUUUUUGUCGAUCCCGAAGGGCUUUGCGUAUCUUACUGAAAAAUAUUUUGUUAAAUCGCAGAUGGAGAAAUGGAAAAAGUCAUAUAACUUAAGGUAUGUGGACAUAAUUGAGGAACAGCUGAAUGAAGCUCUGACCACAUAUCAAAAGUCUGUAAAUGGGGAUAAUUAUGUCCGUCGUAGCAAUCAAAGGAAACCCAAGCGUCACGUUUACCUCCCUGUGCAUUUGUAUGGCCAGCUUGUUCACAGUAAACCUGGCUGCCAACUUCUUGAAACUCAGAAUGUAGUUUAUGAUCUAAGCUGCCAGGUGCGAUGUCCAAAUUUGGAAAACUGGGAAGGAAUCAAACAUCUCAAGGCCGCCCUCUGGGCUUUGGGCAACAUUGGCUCCACAAACUGGGGACUGAACCUGCUGCUUGAGGAGAGCGUGAUUCCGGACAUUGUUGCUCUGGCCUAUCACUGUGAGGUCCUCUCCAUCAGAGGGACAUGCGUGUAUGUGCUGGGGUUGAUGAGCAGAACGAGGCAGGGCUGUGAGGCCCUGAAGCAGGAGGGCUGGGACUCUGUGCGCCACAGUCGCAGCACUCUGUGGCCGGUCGUCCCAGAGGAGUUUGAGGCACAUCUCAGACCCAGUUCUGUGAACCACAGGGCAGCAGAGUCUGGACAUCCAGAUAAUUGUGAGAAGGUGGAAAGUGUUGAGUUUCUUGAAACAGCCUUGUCCAAACUGAUGGACCCAGCCUCAGACAAUCCUCAGACAUCAAGUUGCCUCCAUUCUUUUGAUUCAGACCACUCCUUUCUUUAUGAAAGAAAUGGAAAUCUAUCUAAAGAGAGCUCAACAGACGAGAUAGACGUAUCAAAUGAAAACACUCACUCCAGGGGAGGAGAAGUCAAGUCUGUAGAUCAGAGUAAAUCUUUGGGUGUUGUUGGCUUGAAGACACGCAGUCUGAGUCUGAACCUAGAUACUGCCAUCAGCAGUGAGGGCUCCUUCAGUGCAUCAAGAGACACCUUGAUGGCUUCAAGCUCGGACUGUCUUUGUCCAAACAGCACAAUAAACAACCAGAUCAUCCACCCACAUCAUCAGACUGCUACUCCAGCAGCUGUCCUCAGCUCCUGGUCUCCCCCUCUGGUCCCUCCUGGGUCAUCCUCAACCCUGCCUCGCAGGGCCCAUUCUCUCAGGGCUCCCUCUGUGACCCCUCUGAGCAGCUAUAGCCUUCGAUUCCUCAGUGCCCAUUAUGCUCACACAAGUCCUCGGGACGCCCUGGGAUAUGCGAUGCUGCGGAAGCUGCAACACCAGCGCAUACAUCCGUCUCUAUCCCAUGGUGGAGGUCUGGGGUCUCCCGCCAAAGGCAUACUUUUUGCUGAUGCCAUCACGAUGAAGACAGGCAGCCUGGACUCCAGGCUCGCCUCAAAGAGAUUCUAUAAAGCUAUGAGUUUUACAUCUCUAGACAAAGAUAAACUAUUGAGUCCUAUAAACCAGAGCACACUGCAACGCUCCUCCUCUGUCCGGUCUCUUGUGUCCACGUCUUGUGAGGAUUAUAUUGGGCUUGCUUUACCUGUUGAUAUAAACUUUAUGUUCCAGGUCAAAGAAACUCCAUAUUUCCAAAAAAUGGCAAUCCUUUCUUCUGGAGACAGUGACUGCAUCAAUGGAAGUCAGCCAGCGAGGCUCUCCACUGAGCUGUCGAUGGGCUUGAAUCCACUUGAAAUGCUUGGCUCAGAGGACACUGGUCUCCAAGAACACAAUGAUAGAAAUUGUCUGUAUUGUGCUGCGCUCUGUGUGCUUGGCUCUGACUCUCACAGUAGCUCCCCAGACACUACAAGCACAUGCAACAACACAGAAGUGUCAGGUUGUAGUGAUGCUAUCUCCCCUGGAUCCUCUGGCAAUAGAAAAAGAAUAGAGAUCGCAAUAGGUGGAAAGUCCAUUCCUGAAGACACUCCAGUCCGGGUCCUCCACAGGAAAGAGGUGCUGCGUUUAAUUAUUAACCUAAGUUCAUCAGUUGGAACAAAAAAACAUGAAGCCAACCUCUUGACGAUCAAGGAGAAGUUCCCUGAUGCCUUUGAUGACAUCUGUCUGUAUUCAGAGGUGUCCUUCCUACUCGCCCACUGCACUUUUCGACGUCCAUCUCGCUGUUUCAUACAGGAGCUCUUUCAAGACGUUCCAUUUGUAUCUAUGUAUGCAGCAGCAGAGAGUGUCCUGUCCAAGUCGCAGCACAGGGCUCUGUGCUGA